AUGCAACGGGUGCUGCACGCCCAGCGGCAGGCGGAGACCGAGCACCGCACGGCAGUGGAGCAGUGGCGCAACAAGACGGAGGAGCAGGGGCAGGCAAUGCGGCGCACCGAGCGCGCGCUCGCGGAGGAGCGUGCCGCGCAGCAGGAGCGCCGUGAGAAGACCGACAUGUUGGUCGCACAGCUGAAGAAACUCGCGGAGCAGACGCGGCGGUUUAAGGAGGUGACGGACACACUGGCGGAGUGGCUGCACAUGAGCACAAGACAGCCGGAGGAGGUGCUGGCGCGCCUGAAGGAGAAGAUGGCGGAGGAACACCCGUGA